AUGGCGCCAAAGCGCAAGAGGCUCGCCGCCGCUGAUAGUCCUCGCAAGCGCGGCAAAGGCGGAAACAGCAACACAUCCAAGAAGACAAAUCCAAAGUCCACUUUAUUCACACUGCCUGCCGAGCUCAGGAACCGCAUCUACGAGCUCGCUCUUGUGACCUCCGAUCAGGAUACGCGGAUCCGAGUCAGACCCCAGCUCAAGUUUCCUGGCUUGCUAUCCACUUGUCGACAAGCUCGAGCCGAAGCACACAAGAUCUACUGGUUCCAGAACAAGUUCAACCAGACAGUCCGCGACUGCAACGGCAGCUUGCACAUCAAGUUCGAGCGCCUUCUCUUCGACAAUAUGGGGGAGGCAGCUUUUCAGAUCGACUUUACGCUGAUCGUAGCCGGCAGAAAAAGUUGGGCAAAUUUGCUUGAAUGGUGUCGGCAGCUUCACGCAGAUGAGAAUGGGUCAAGUGGGCUAAGAAUGGACCCUAACUGGAACGCGCAGGAAACUGUAGUCGCAGCUGCGCAUAGGAUCGCAUUCACGCAUGGCGAGAGUACGUGGGAAUGCUGUCUUGAAGCUCUGGGUGCUCUGCGAGCUGUUGCUGGACUGUCGAGUAAGAAGUGGCUGGACGACUACCGAGAGAACCAGCUAUAUUGGGUGUCGGUCAGGCGAAUCAGACUCCAGGGCGUCUUUGCUGGACCCGUAGAUUCGGUGAAUGGACAUGAGGCACAUGUGAUUCAUGUCCCGCUUUCCCGCCCUCACAAAGUCCUUGAGCAGAAUCUCACGCUUGUAGCUCACGCUGAAGUCUGCACUCUGUCACCAACAGAAUCUUCACCGCUACCACUACCACUACCACCACCACGAGAACAGAUGGCACUUAAACGCAAACGGAUCACCAACUCCGAGGGCGCCAUCCAACGUGCUAAGCAUGCAGAUGGAGUCGAGUCGCAAAAAGAUGAACAAGCACCGACUCUUCUUACCCUGCCAGCAGAGCUCCGAAACCGCAUCUACGAGCUCGCACUUCUGCGACCCGGCCUCAUCUCCAUUACGUCAAGCUUAAAGGCACCCGGUCUACUAGCGACAUGCCGUCAGAUCCGUGAAGAAGCAAGCAAGAUCUACUACCUGCAGAACAAAUUCGAGAUGGACAUUCGCGACUGCGACGGUACAUUGGGUAACGCCUACCUCCAGCUGUUGUCACGAUACGCGAGUCACGACACCCAAGCGCAUUUGAACUUCAGUUUCAUGGGCAAGAGGAACUGGACCAAUCUGAUGGUGUGGUGCAAGGACUUGUAUGAACGCCCUGGGUCUCUUUGUAUCCCACUACAGGACGGUCAAUGUCCUCUCGUUGCAGUCGUAGCAGCGGCCCACAGUAUCACGCUCUCGCACACCAAUAGCUCGUGGCAAGAUUGUCUUGAGGCGCUCAAGGCGCUCAGACAUGCUGUGGGAACGUUGGACAAGGCUUGGAUGAAGGAUUGA